CUCGGAUGCAUUUAUAUGGCGCACCACUCCGGCUUCCUUCUCAUUUCAGCAGUCAGGUGCACUUACUGCGUUUCCUACAUCUUGUAAACACUAGGUAUAUUUAUGUGGAUGUUCUUUUCGAUAAAACAUCGCUCGUCUGAAACCACAGAACAGGGGUUCUCCAUCGGUAUUCAUACCAGAUUUAUCCAUUGAUUCUCGACCUGUCAUGUGGUAUGUCAUCAUAGGGCAAGGUCUUUUGAGGACAUAUCUGGAUUGAUGCCCAGCAGAUUAAGAUGGAACUGUAUGAAACUAUUACACACAAGAACGGAAGGCAGCGGAAGCCUCUGGUGUCCGGUUCCAUCAUCAUGGGUGAAGGGGAGCCCAUGCUGUCUGAUUUAGAAGUGGAUGGUGAUGAGGAAGCGCUCUUGCAGAGCUCAGACAGGAAAGAUGGACAAGCUGUUGUGCGUAAUGGAAUUCACGGAGAGCUGGGAAAUGUGGCCCUGCUACUGUUCUUGUAUGUGCUUCAGGGAAUUCCCUUAGGCUUGGCUGGAAGCAUCCCUCUCAUCCUGCAGAGUAAGAGCGUCAGCUACAAGGACCAAGCUUAUUUUAGCUUAGUCUUUUGGCCCUUUAGCCUAAAGCUGCUCUGGGCUCCCCUGGUGGACUCGUUAUACUUGCAGCAAUUUGGUAGGAGGAAGUCAUGGCUGGUGCCCACUCAAUAUCUGCUGGGGCUUUUUAUGCUCUAUCUGUCAUUCACGGUCAAUGCAAUGCUUCAGACAGAUGGACAGAAGGGAACUGAUGUGAUCACCCUGACUGCAGUCUUCUUCAUUCUGGCUUUCCUCGCAGCCACACAAGAUAUUGCUGUUGAUGGCUGGGCUUUGACCAUGCUGUCCAGGGAGAAUGUGGGUUAUGCCUCCACUUGUAACUCUGUGGGCCAGACAGCUGGAUAUUUCCUAGGCAAUGUGUUGUUUCUUGCUCUGGAGUCUGCUGAUUUCUGCAACAAUUAUCUGAGGUUUGAGCCUCAGGAACAGGGAAUUGUAACACUCUCAGAUUUCUUGUUUUUCUGGGGGAUUGUUUUCAUGGUGUCGACCACUCUGGUUGCUGUCCUGAAAAAGGAGAACAGCAGACAGCACCGUACCAAGAAGAAGCCCAGAGAGGAGGCACAGGGUGUUAUGGAGACUUACAAGCGUUUGUUCUCCAUCAUUAAAAUGCCCACUGUCUUUACCUUCUGUAUCCUGCUGAUAACCGCCAAGAUUGGUUUCUCUGCUGCGGAUGCUGUGACAGGACUGAAGCUAGUGGAAGCUGGGGUUCCUAAAGAGCAGCUGGCUCUGCUGGCAGUUCCCAUGGUACCCCUGCAGAUCCUACUGCCUUUAGUUAUUAGUAAAUACACAGCCGGUCCUCGUCCACUUGAUGUCUUCUACAAAGCCUUCCCAUUCAGGCUCCUUGUUGGUCUAGAAUAUGCCCUGCUGGUCUGGUGGACCCCAAGUGUUCGACAGGAAGGGGGCUUUCCUGUAUAUUACUAUGCUGUCGUGCUGCUCAGCUAUGCUGCACAUCAGGUGGCACUAUAUAGUAUGUAUGUUGCCUGUAUGGCCUUUCACGCUAAGGUCAGUGACCCUGUGAUAGGAGGCACCUACAUGACUCUUCUCAACACUGUGACUAAUCUAGGCGGGAACUGGCCUUCUACAUUAGCUCUGUGGCUGGUAGACCCUCUCACCUUUAAAGAGUGCCAGGGAGCACCUGGGCAGACCUGUAGUUCCCUUGAAGAAACAGGGCUCUGUGUCAGCGAGGGUGGCGUGUGUGUGACUGCAUUGGACGGUUACUAUGUGGAGUCUGUAGUAUGUGUUGUGAUUGGUCUCUGCUGGUGGAUCUUCUUCGGGAAAAAGAUGAAGCGAUUACAAGAAGAGAGCCCCUCAGCGUGGCAUUGCAGGGUUCCCAAAUAACAAUCUCUGCUGGACUCAGGACGCUACUGUCUCUCUAAUUUUGAAGUUACCUCAUGAUUUGCCCUCUCUCACCCUCUCUUGUACACACAGUGACUCGUUAUGUUUUUGUCGCACUUCAGGUCCGUGGAGAGACUUAAAACUAUUUGAGGACUGAAAUGGUCAAAUGUACUGUACUGCUAAAUUAUUAGUGUCUCUCCUCCAUUAUCCUUUCAGAACCAUUACUGUAAAGCCAAACCAAGGUUUGUUUACUAUUAGUGCAAAACAAUUAUUCUCUCAUAACAUUAUAUUCUCUGCUCAGUUGCCUGCUUAUUCAAGCAUUUGACUUGUGAUUACUUGAGUAACCUGUGCCUUUUUUUUUUUCUCUCUAAUGUGGUACAAUGCAAAUCUUUUGAUAUAAUACAGAUAUUGUUUAUAAUGAAAUCAUUGCUACAACAUUCAGUAUACAAAACAAUUUCAGCUUUCUAUACCUUCAUUCCAGAAAGACUUAAAGGUGCAAUCAGUGAUUCCUGAGAAACACUGUUGAUAUUCAAACUCAGCUGCCAAAACAAACACACCCCUCCCUUCAGUGCUCCUUUGGAGGCUCCGCCCCACAAAUUCAUGCACGCAAAUUCAUUCCUUUUACCUCUUGGAGGUCUCUCCACUGCUGAAAAGCCACACCGAUUUUGACACAGCUCUUAGCCCUUGACUUACCAUAAUCCUUUUUUAGUUUAUUCAUCUGACCUUUUUCUCUUGGUCUGGUCAGCCAUUUGUCCUCCUUGGAGUUUAGAAAGUUCACAUCAGCCAGAUUUGCUGUCACUCUUCUAAUGAAUUUCCCUGUCACUCUGCCCCCAUUCUGUGCACGCACAAGAACCACCCCACUGUUGCUGAUUGGCUAGAGUAGUGUUAUGUGGAUCGGUCUGAUCCACUUUGUUUUUGUCCCAUUUACAGAGCCAGGGCUGUGUACAAAUACUAGAUUUUUUUUUUCAGCCCACCCACAGAAUGGACAGCUAGCAGACUGUGAGGAGACAUUUGUAAAAUUUGAUAAAGAGUGUAUUGGAUUAGAAUUACUGAGUGCACCUUUAAUUGUAACUGAGCUGUCAGGUCUGAAAUGGGAUAUUGAUAUUUCUAUAGAGUUGCCCAAUUUAUAAUUUGGGCCAUGUUUUAGUUAUUGCAUCAGUUGAUGUCCUUGUGAUUGAUUGCUUAUUUCUGUAACACUUCAGAGAAGUCAAUCAGAGUUUGUCUGAUUCCGAGUUCAAGAUCUUAAAUCACUGAGAAACAAAAUGAACCUGUUUUCAACAUAAGCAAAUGACAAAUUAACUAUAAUUAUAACAAGGCCAAAAAACAAUACUAUAGAUUGACAGAGACUGCAUAUGCUUUUUCUUCUCUUUAUUUUUAAUUUGUGGAUUUUUUAAUUUGCCUUUUUCAAUAUGAAUUUUUAAGAUGGUCAGUGCUUCCAAGACUAUUUGAAUGUGUGUGACUGAACUUAUGUUCAUGCGACCAGUUGAGUCUUUUGUAAAAACACAUUUUCUUUAAUUUACUAAAACGCAUGUCAAAAGAGUUAAUGAUUAGUUUUUCUAGAAAUUAUUUUAAGACAUUCCAGCAAUGGAGCAGUAGAUCCAGAAAUUACAGUAACAUCUGUUAUUGGAUGUUUAUGCAAUCACCAGCACUUUUACUGCAGGGUGUAUUUGGUUCUCAGUGUUGACUAGGGAAAAUGUAAAUGACUGUAGAUUGCAGUAAACUCUUUCUUUUAGGCUCAACAUUUAACUUGUUUUUAAAUUGGCCUUGUGCUAAUUUAUUUCCUUUUUGUUUGUUAAUUAAAUGUUCACUUUCAUUUAUUUUUAUGUCAUGGAGAGAGCAGUUUGGGUAGAUUGUACAGUCGCAGUGACUUUUGUAAAUACUUGUAACCCGUUCUAAGGAACGUUUUAUCAACAUUACCAAAGUUUAAUGUUAAAACACGAAGAGCAUAUCUUAUUUGAAAAUAAAUGAAAGGAAAAUUUGA